GGGGCUAGAUUGUAAAAUAACCAUAUAUCAGUAUAUCACAUCUCAACAUCACCACCCAGUUCUGAGUUCACUAAUCAGCUAGGGUUUAUGAGAACCUGGUUUUAGACACUCGAAAUACACACAUAAUAUACAAUCAAAUACCAAUAUAUAAUUAGCUGUUAUAUAGCUUACAGAUUCUUAUUCAGCGUCUGAAAAUGCAGAGAUGUUGUAAAAAUCUGGCUUCAUCUCUCAUCACGAGGCGGCGAUUUUGUUCAAAAUCCGAUGAAAAGAUUGUAGCUUCAGUGCUUUUCGAGCGGUUGCCUGUUAUAAUUCCUAAGAUCGAUCCUGUUGUUUACGCUUUUCAGGAGUUUUCCUUUCGAUGGAGGCAGCAGUUUCGCAGGGCAUAUCCGGACUCUUUUUUGAAUAAGACCGAAAAUAGGGGACAAGGUGAUCACAAUAUUGAUUAUGUACCUGCUCCUCGAGUCACUGAAGCUGACAAAACGAAUGAUAAAAAAUCACUGCAAAGAGCUCUUGACAGAAGACUCUAUCUUUUAAUAUAUGGCCACACAUAUGGGGCUGCUGGAGAUGAACCUGUUUGGCAUUUUCCUGAGAAAAUAUAUGAAUCUGAAGGGACAUUGCGCAAGUGUGCAGAGUCUGCAUUAAAGUCUGUUAUCGGUGACCUUUCCAACACAUACUUUGUUGGAAAUGCUCCAAUGGGACAUAUGAUUAUGCCACACAAGGAGAAUGGCAAGGAACUUUAUACUUUGAAGCGAUUCAUCUUCAAAUCUCAAGUGGUUGCGGCCAACAAGUAUGAUAUUAAGAAGGGUAAGGAUUUUGUUUGGGUGACUAAGAGUGAACUUUUAGAGUACUUCCCAGAGCAAGCCGGAUAUUUGGACAAGAUGAUUAUUGGGUUACUAUAAAUCCGUACUUGUCGAGUUGUCCUUGUAGUGCUAUCUUUACGAUGACCGUAAUGUAUCACCAAGUAUCUGCUUGUUCCCGAAACAUGAAAUUUUGUUUUGUAGUAGAGUCGAUCAAAAGGAUUUUGGUUACUGACAUAAUUAAUAAUUGGAGUGGUCUUUCAGUCGAAGUACAGUGUAGCUUUAUGCAUGGGGUGUCUGGUCUCCUGGAUUUGGAUAAGUAGAUGCUAUGUACUCUGGUUUGUAAUUUGUAAACUUGUGCUGUGUGCAGUAGUACUGGGUCACACACUUUCCGGUCCAGGGGGUUUAGUAUAACUGAAACUUCUUUCAGUCCAAGGGCGUAGUAAGAUCGGCGCAGGCUUAGUAAUGGUUUUCUUCUGAUCAUGUUUAAAGUAGCUGCUACCUUUUUUUUGCA